AUGAAGGAAAUCUGGCAAGGAAGUACAAUCUUCAACCCCGAUACUCCAGGUAUGAAAGCAAGAGCGACCUGUAGAAAACGAAUACAAGGGAGCUAUUUCCCAGGACAGAAGUUCAUCACAGAUGCCCGCAGAUCCACAAUGUCUUUGCUUCUUUGCAAACUUCCUCCCUUCACCGAGGUCGAUAAAUCGAGUGAGGCUCCCGAUACUAUCACUCCCCUAGAUUCUCCGCUCGCCGAACUGUGGGUCUCUUGGGGCUCUGUCUCUGUUCCCAGCUCUCCAUGUGGCCAGAUGAUUCUUAGUCCAUCCCCAUCUAGAAAGGAUUAUCCAUUGUUGAGAGAAAUCCUCAGGCCUCGACUUAACCCACCGCAGGAUCUUUCAAACGUCAAAAGGGGUCCUGUCCACCCCAGCGGCGUCAGGACGGAAUACCUCCUAUGGAUGCUCAUCCCCUCUAAAUCUGGCUACUCCAAGAGUGGUUUGAAAUCUCGCCCAGGGCUUCCAACGGGCCGUACUACGCAGUACGAACGUACCGAGUUUUACGGACCGUAUUACCCUUUUAGGAAGUUUUGGGCCUGCGGGAGCGUUUAG